AUGACACGAUCGUAUGACAAGGAGCGAGUCUUCAAGCUGGAGGGUCUGCCCGUGGACCAACAGAUCAUGUACUACUCCGGGAAACCGCUAGAGGACGCUGCUACUCUGCUCGGAGUCACUUACAAGGUGACUCUCGUGACCGCGGCCGCGGGUGAAGAGAAGACGAUUGACUGUGCUCAAGACACGUUCAUUUUGGACGCAGCUGAGGAACAAGGCGUGGCCCUCCCCUACUCCUGCAAGGCGGGCGCAUGUUCCACCUGUGUCGCUAAGAUCGUGUUUGGCACCGUGGAUCAGAGUGACCAGACCUACCUGGAUACGGACCAAAUCGGAUCAGGGUCCGUCCUGACCUGCGUGGCCUACCCAUGAAGUGACCUGGUCAUCACUACCCACGAAGAGCAGGACCUCCAUUAA